AUGGCCGGAGAAAGCUUGAGGAAAAAAUAUCAGGAAUUCCUGCUCCAUCAAGUUUUCGGAGAUAUGAUCGGCUCGCUAUACCCCGAACAUCAUGAAAACAGGAGAAAUGUGCAGGAAGCAGUUGAUAGUGAAAACAUGGGAAAUGUGCAGGAAGCAACAGGUGAUUUCAUAUCUCCUAAUAUUUUUAUCUACGAAAAACGAGGUAGAUUCAAUUUUCAGUUUCUUCCAGUUCUUUUGGUUGCAUCGCACGCAAAGACUAUCGGAUCGCUAUACCCCGAACGUAAUGAAAACAGGGGAAAUGUGCAGGAAGCAGCAGUUGAUAGUGAAAACAUGGGAAAUGUGCAGGAAGCAACAGCGGAAGGUGGUGAAAACCACGGACGAACCGGCUGGACCGAGGAAGCGACAGAGGAUGGCGACUGGAUUGUUUAUCACAGAGGUAACUUGUAA